AUAUAAACGGUACUUGAUCAGUUGAUCAGUGUGAGUGAAUUAUUGUAUUACAUUACAUACCUGUUAUAUUUAUAUAAUUUAUGUAUUAUAUACCUGCUAACUAGUGAUAAUUAUGUUUUGUUUUAUUCUUUAUGUAAGUUAAAUACUUUAUUGUGAAACCUUUAGGGACAACGAACGAAUAUCUAAUGUUGUAAAUAUACAUUUAAGUUCUCAUGACAGUAUGCCAGUCUCCUGCCGAUGCCGUUGGUAAAUGUUCACCGCUGCACAGGAACAACUGCAUCACAUGCACGAAUCGGGGUGGAGUCUUUCAAGGAAAUGGAGAUGCUGAGAAUAAGAUUGAGUGAAUAUUUUGUCUUUUUUUAGGUUCAAGAUGUUGAAGUGGGCAGUAUACAAAAGGAACCAAGAGGCAAAAACAAACAGUGGAAAUGAAAGCGAAGAGCGAGAAGUUUACACAAAUGAGCUCUAUAACAACAAUGUCAGGAGAUCUUUAGACGCUCAAGCGGUAAAAAAAAGCAAAAAGCCUAGCAGAUACCAAAGAAGAUCUUUAGGAUCCGCUGCUAGAAAAAACAAUAUUAAAACAAUAGAUAAGGAGAAUAUUAACUAUAUAGGGAACACUCCCAACUAUUUUAGAGAAGGAUUUGUUAAGAAAGAGGGACUUGCACUUAAAGAUGUAAGUAAUAUUACACCAAACUCGGCAACUCCUGUUAAGCACUACGACAGAAGGAAAUAUUACUUAAAUGGAUCCAAAGAUGACAUUCCACCCGAUUUACCUUCUACUCCACCAACGUACAGCCGAAGAGUUAGAGAAGCUAAGAAACGUAAAUUAGAAAUGACAAGUUCUGCUAAUAAUGACCCAUUUAGAAGAGACAGUUGUUUUUACAAAUCUGAGAGAAGAAUCAAACCUGUCGAUAGAUGUAAUGUCAUCUCUCCAAAACUGAGUCAUAGUACUUCAGAGCCAGACUUGAGUGAUCUUUCAGAGCGAUUAAGUGCAACCACUAAUAGUAGCAGAAGAUCUUUCGCUUUACCAAAACCAACACAUCCAAUCAGUACUACUAAAACUGCUAGUGAAGGAUUAGUGGAAAUAGAAUAUGAUAAGGACUUGGUAAUCAAUUGUGUAGAAAAACCUAUUUGUUCAGAAAAAACUACAAUGGAUAAAAUCAAUAAGACAACAUUACCCAUAUUUGGACAUCAUAUUUUUACAGAUAACCUCUUAUACUUCAACAAAAAUGAUGUUGGUAUUAGUAAUAUUAGGCCUUUGAAAAGAACAAGAAAGAAAUCAAAUGACUUUGAAAGUUCAUUUAAAUCACCUUCUGUAGAUAAGAGAGAUACCCAUGCUUUAGUUAGAGACGCUUGUUCACCAGUAUCCAUCACACCUUUAUCUGUAAAAUUGGCAGGACUUAGAUUUAGCACAAUGAGCACCCACACUGAAUCUCAAAGGGCUGUAUUUCCUAAAGAUGUUACAGAAUUUUUCCCCAAAGUUGAACACCAUUUUUCUAUUCCACUGAAGGAUGAAGAAAGUUCAUUAGAAAUGGAAAAUAAAUUUAUAUUAGGCAAAGAUUCAUUGACGAAUGUAACUGAAUCUACUGUAUCAACAACUCAAAUGGGCGAUGUGACUUUGGAGAAAAUGAUUGAGGAUAUAAUAAAAAGCACCAAAAUUGUAAAAUCUAGACGAAGAAUAAUAAAUAAAGUUCCUGAUAUCACAGUCGACGAAGAAAUUCCACCGUUGGACGCAGUGAAAGAUUUGUUUAUAAAUCCUCGUACAGAUAGUAAGGCUAAUUUAAUCAAAGAAGCAAGGUAUAUUAAUCUUUCACGAGAAAAUUCAGUAUCGCCUAAGAAUUCUCCUACAAAAAAGAGAAUGCCAGUACAUCGAGUGAAUGAUAAGUUACUGAAAAACUUACCUAUUGGAUGUUUUAUUUUGGAUGAUGGUGAUGGAUACAACGAAAGAGAAGUAUGUACACCUGAUAACAUAGAAACUAAAUCUAAAGCAAAAUCAGUGGAACCACAACGAACACUGCUUAGUAGAUCACAGUCAAUGAAUGCUGCAUCAAUAGAAAAAAGUAACUUGGAACAAAGUAUCUCAGGAUCUAUACCAGACUUGAAUACUAUUUCUCAAGAUGUUAAUCUGAGGUGGCGUAGACAAAGAUGUAUUCGUAGGAAAAAGUCUACCGUCAGCAACGAAAGUCAGUGGAAGUACAAACAACUGGAUAUUGACUCUCCGCCUUUUCUUGCUCUCGAAAUGGGAAUCCCUAGUCCCGCUGCAGAGCUGCAAAACGUAUCAUUAUGUGAACCGCUACAAACCGAUUUUGAUAAUAUAAACAAUGUGUCCAUGAAGUCAACUGUUUCCACUAGUAGUUUGAUGUCGCAAGAACCAACGAUGCAAAAUAAAAGGACGCGUGAAUUAUUUGGUUUGACUUUAGAAAAUGGUAUACCAAGUCCUAUAACACCAGUGCCGAAACUAAAAAGACCAAGUAACGUUCUCAGUGAAGAAAGGGCACAUAAAACGAGUAAAUUAGAUGAGGAUUUAUUACCAACGGAUGCAUUUACACCAGUAAUUGAACACAAAUCUACAAGGAGAUGUUUAACAUAUUCGCCUGAAGAAAGUAGUAUAAACAGCAGUGAAGAGAAAAGGAGAAGUGUAGCCAGCAAUCGUUUCGAGCGUAGUACUGAUCGAUUCCAAUCGCUAAAAGGGACAAUCGAUUUAGAAAUUGUGACUAAGAAUGACAUUAUAGACGUCCACGUUAUACGAUGUCGCGAUCUACAAAGAUCUUCUGGAAGGACAGAUGAUAUUAAUGCUUAUGCCAAGGUGGUAAUAAGUGGAGUGACAGAAACUCAGCCGCUGUCUUCUCAGAGGUCAAUAUUUCAGAGGACAUCAGUUCUUUACGGGAAGAGGGAGCCAGAGUUCCAAAGGCACUUAAAGCUACCUCUACCUACAGCAGUCUACGACCAUCAACUGCUCCAUAUCUCUGUUUGGCAUAGAGACAAGAAGUAUCGGCGGAGCGAGUUUCUAGGAUGUGUCUCGUUCCCCCUAAAAGAUGCGAUCAAUAGCGACAUCAGCGGCACGUACUUUUUGCAGCAGGGGCGUCAGGGUGUGCCACAGAACGUCCAUGACAGAAGAAGCGUGACUGAAGAGAGGAAAAUGGCGACGGACAAUAUUGAGACUAGCACCAAUGAUGGGAAGGAAAACCACAAUGAUAAAGGAGUCGCAAAUGGUACAGCAUCAGCCAACGCAGCGCAGUCAGUAGCCGCAGCGUUACAACGAGAGGCUGAUGAGCAUCUCUUCCUACGGUACCUCGAGCUAGACCCGCCUGAAGACCCGGCUGCGCCGAAGAAAACCCAGAGGAAUGGCAGGACUCCAUUCACUACUACUAGAAAGCUAGUUAGAGGCACUGGUGGUGGCUUCGGUUUCACAGUCGUCUGGACCCGUCCACCAAGGGUUGAGAGGGUGGCUGCCGGCGGAUCAGCAGAACGAGCUGGUCUAAGAGCUGGGGACUACAUAGUGUUUGUUGGGAAUAAGAAUGUAGUAACCGCUUCGGAGGAAGAAGUUAGGGGUCUGGUCAAGUCAUCCGGCCAAAUGCUAAACAUCGAAACAUUCAGACGAGUUCCUCCCAACGGCUCUGGCGUGCGUCCUCGUUUAGCGCAAUCAAUCUCUAUCCCGCCUCCGGAGUCUACUCCUCCCCCAGCGCCGCGGUCGCCUCGACCAGCAGCAUUGGCUUCACCAGCUACUGCUGCAAGACCGCCUACAGCUUGCUCCUCAACCAGCCAAUCGCUUGACAGACGUAAACUUCAUUUGCCACAAGUGACAUUCUCUAAAGAGGACUUCCAUCAACAGACCCCCGGUCUGACAGAUGGCCGGAAGCGCGCGCUAUUAGCCGUGGUCUCCAGAGAGCAGCAUUACUGCACUUGCCUCCAGUUCGGGCUAGUCAGAUUCGUCUCCCCGCUGGCCGAGAGGGCGGAUCUGAUCCUGCCGAGCGACCAUCAACUGCUGUUCCAAAAUAUUGAAGAGAUCAUCAGAUUGUCAGAAGACAUCUUGGACCAAGUGGUGCAAGAGGAGAGCGAGAUCCAGACCUCGACCGUGGUGGCCGUGUACCUUCAGAAGACCCCUGUGUUCCUUAGCCUUUAUAAGAAAUAUUGCCUAGGACUGAAACGAGCUGAUUGCGUUUUGGUAAAGAAAUCAAAAGACCCAAGUGGAGCUUUUUCCCGAUUUUGCACCAGUCCUCCCAUACCCAGAAGAAGACCAGACAUAACCUCUUUAGUGCACAAACCGUUGGAGCAGUUCAGGGAGCUGUUAAGGCUGAUGAGAGCAGCUGCAGCGUCCAAAGGUGCGGGGCCUUAUGACCAGCUGGAGAAAAAACAGCUGCAAGUUAUUGUUGAACAAUUGCAGAGUGGAUACCAAGAUGUGACCGCUGGAUCCGGGCUGAUGGGCCUAGCUGGCGACGGGAAACCCUUGCUUUCUGUAACUGACCUGGAAAGUAGACUCGUGUUCACUAGGUGUAAGCCGUUCGUCCUAAGCACGGCGGGCCGUCAGUGGAUAUUUGGAGGAGAACUCUCCAGGGUGGAAGGUCGGGCAGUGAGACCAUACUGGGCGUUGCUCUUCAGUGACCUCCUGCUAUUUGCAACGGUGUCACGCGACAGAGUCCUGUUUGUGACAGAGGAACCAGUGGCGCUCGGGACUAUUUCGGAAGCACAGUUCAAUGUUAGGAAAAAAGCCACGGAGUUCCGACUAAUACUAGGUCGGACUGGUGGAGAGAGUCCGCUAGUCAGCUGUGCCCCUCGCACGCCGGGCCGGACGCGGACCAUAGUACUGAGAGCACCCUCGAUAGACCUGAAGGCGGUGUGGCAGAGUCUGCUUCAGAGACAAAUAUACCGGGCUCACACAACCAUGGGGACUCCUUUAGGUUCACCGCUGGACUCACCGGACCCACAGCUCACGUUUUCACUAGCAACUUUGGACUCUCAACAGCGUCAGACGAGACGUAGCUCAGCCGAGACACAAACAGGCGGAGCUGGAAGUGCCACUGAAGGUGCCAGAAGUACCAGAAGUCGAGGUUCAACAAUGCAUUUACAAAGAUGGAUGACACAACUACCAGAAGCUGAGGAAAUGGAUCCCCCAGAGGCUGAUAUGGAAAUGUGGAGCGUAGAAGAAUUAAGAAAGAGAUCAAAAGAACUGAAUCUUUUAGAAGUAGCAGACCUAGUUACUAAUCAUAAUGAAAACAAAGGUUCAUCUCCUGCUGAUAAAAAAGAAAAUGAUAGAAGUCCAUCAAAAAGCAGUAAUUCAGGAAGCCAGAUAACAGUACGAACGAGUCCAGUAGUAGUAGAUACCAUACCAGUUUGCAGACAAUGUCAUAAAAAAUGUUUAUCUAAACCUAAUAGUCCACUAGUGUCUCAAAAAGAAUCAAUUGCACCGCUCAAAAUGAAAACCACACCGUCUCCCCAAAAGUCUAAUUCAAAUAAAAGUUCUACCAGUACGUGUAGCGCUAACUGUGGUAAUCGUAAGCCAAAGAAUUUUAGUCAAUGUCAUUUAGAGCGUAAAGGUGCUAUGAAAAUACGUCCUGAAGAUGCCCCUAUGGCAGCCUUAAAAGUUAUAGAUUCCAUCGAACAAAGCCAGAGAAUGCUCAAAUCAACGUCAUAUGAAUUGAAAACGGACUCACCAAUUUUAAACAGGAGUAUCAGAAGUCAGAAUAAGAGCCAGUUGGAAUUGCGGAAAGAGUCUAUUAGAUCACCUAGUCCGUCUUCUAGCAGUAGAAACAAUAGCCCUCUAUCUACUAGUCAUACAACGUGUAGCUCUAUGGUUUUUAAUUCAAGUUCUAACGAUUUAAGAAUGUCGAAUUCAAAUAUUGCCAACCAAGUGCAAUGCGUUAUAGCACAAGAAAAAUAUUUAAACGAAGUCAAGUGUGUUGAAAAUAUAACGUUAUCAAAAAACAAAAUGGGUACAAAAUAUCCUUCUCCAGGGACAAUGAGAAGAGAACAAAUAACUAGACAAAAAGCUGAGAACGUGUUAAAUAAAGUGUUAGGAAUUAAUAUUAUAACUAAGCGAGAAAAUGUUGGCACGUGCCUAAAAACUUCUUCAGUUUUUUUAGAAGAUGAUUCAAUACAUGAAGAUGAUAAUGAUUUUAAAAUAGAAAGAGGUAUUAGGAGAUCGCCUAGAAUGGGUAUAUCGGCCGUUAAUAAAAUGAAUGGUGAUAUAAAUAAGAAGACUGAUCGAGAAGAUGUGAAUGCCAACACAAGUAUGAAUAUGAAUGACGUAGGUUCAGAUGAUGAUUUAGAGUUAGGGCCACUUAUGUUAAUGGGUUUGUCGGCCAUCAAUCCAGCUGCGCAUUUAAUGAGAGUAGAACCUUUUAAACGGUCAUCAGGGACUAAUCUAAACAAUGUUUCUAGACCUGAUACUCUAGGCUCAGCUAAGUCAGAAUCUCCCGUCCCUAAUAUAGCAGUUGUUCCACCUACGCCUGAUUAUAAUACAUAUAAUAAGACUGAAACAUUAAUAGACGAUUCACCAGAUUCUCCUGACGUCCCUGAUGAUUUACCCUAUGUUUCGUUGAAAAGAUAUGGCACAAUGUCAAGUCUCGAAAGACUGCCGUCCGAUGAAACUGACGAUGGUAAUGUAAAACUGACAGAGCCGGAUGUCACAAAAACACACAAUCCAGUGAGUGGUUCAGCCGGUGGUAUAAUGGGAUGGACAGCAAGGGCUGGAUCUUUUGUAGUUGAAAAGAUGAAUAUCUUCAGUUACACAGAAAGUGUUCCGAAUACAUCGAUAGUUCAUAAACAGCCAUCGUUCUUAGAAAGGUGCUUAGGCGUCAGUGACUGGAAAUCAACUCUUGGUACUGAAGAAGGUACAGCCGAAACUGGAGAAGGAAGUGGAGCGAGUGGAGAAGAAGCAUGGGGCACUCCAUCUUCUGGUGAUUUAUCUGACAAUUUGCCAGAUUCAGAGCACGGAACACUAUCGUCACCAACAAAGUCAUCGUCAUCAUAUGCCGGUGAUGAUGACACUGAGCUGAUGAUGGAUGAACUUUUGAUGGCUCCCACCAUUACGGGACCUACUACGUUAAGACCUUUAUUGCCAAGGGAUGUUUUCAGAAGAAGACUUGAACCACUUUUAGAAGAGGAAGGUUCAGACAGUGGCAGUGAUGACAACAAGGCUACGCCAACUAAUUCUGAUGACCAGGGCAGCACGCGUGGCGACGAUGCUGACGACUGCUGCGACGCGCCGCACCUGCCGUCCUCUGCUUCCGAACCAGAAGCAGGGGACGGGCGUGCGGGCGCCGCUCAGAAUACUGGAGAGGAGCGCAAUGGUGGCGCCGCGCGCGAGCUGAGCCCCGACCGGACUCCCACCAACGAGGCGCCUUCGAUGCCCUUACAAUAUGUUUCAAGAGAGUGUGCGGAGGUCCGUGCCGGCGCUGGAGGUCGACGGGGCUCAGCCAGCUCGGCAAGCACGCCCUCCACACUCGAACGUACCACCAUACAGAACCUCACACAAGCUCCACAUUCCCCAACAUCAGAGCCAGCUCCAGCAGUCGAGGAAUCUUCACAACCAGAGGAGAUAACGAUGGAAGAGAGGCUCUCUCCUCGAGCGGAGAUGAGACUAGCUCUGGACCAGGGCAAGGACAUGCUGGCAGAUCAGGAGGUGUCCUGGGGUGGCGGGUCCGACCCCUGGUCGUUUCGCGUGGCAUGUCAGAGGUCGCUGCUGCGUCGCGUGGCGAGCGCCGACGCCGUGACGCUGUGCCGCGCGCACCCACGCCGCACCGCCCCGCAUACUACUUCGCGCAAUUCUGUAUAUGCUUGGAAACUUCCAGAAAACGAGAAACUUACGGAGAUGGAGCAACUGGCACGAGUGGAAGCUCAGACGAUGCGUUCGCGGACGCGCUCUCUAUGCCAGAACGGGAAGAUAAUGGGCUUUCUCCGUCGACGCGCAUCUUCCGAUAGCCCACGGCGAGAGCCAUUGCUCCUAGGCCCAACAGCUGGCGCUCGGCCAUUCUCCCCACGUCGAACUACUGAGAAACAAUUCGAGAAAAGGUUCUGGAAACAGGUUACCAGACGUCGACAAUCUUUAGGCUCCAUAAGUCAAAUCUAAUGGACAUGGGAAUACAAAAAACAGUAACAAAGUGUUCACAGCUUACAUAUACUAAAUGUACGUAGUGGUAGAACUAGAAUAUGAACUGUAAACAUUUUAUGUAGUCAGUAAGAAUGCCUACAACAUGAAGCGUAGUCAUAGCAUAUCUAUAUCACACCUUGUGGGCGGAAGAAGGUUAAUGGGCUAUAGUUUGUCAAACAUAGCUUCGUCUCUGUGACCUCUGUCUUUGUUACUCACAUUCCGUAUGUAUCGAUUCAUUCUGCUGUCACAGGGAUCAAGAUAUAUUUUACACGCUAUAAUUACACGGCUAAGUAAAGGCACAGUCCCGUUGCUCUAUUGUGUUCCGUUGUUUUGACGUCAAAACGGAGGACGAUGGAGCGACGCAGCCACGCCCAAACUUCCGACGAAGGAACUUGUAUAGGAACUGAGGGAAGAAAAGCCACUUUUUGACAUCAUGUCAUACAACGAUCUCUCGAAAGUAUACUCAUUAUUAUUAUGAUCAGCAAAGUUUGAUACAACGCUGUCUUUAGAAAAUAUUAGUAAAAAUUGUAAAAACAGUAACCUGGUGAACUAUCAUAGAAAAGGAUGCCAAAUAAUGUCGAGAGGAUAAAAUGCCAAAUAACACACGAAAGGGACCUGUCAACUAUACUUCAUAUCGUAGUUAGCACCAAUAAUAUGGUGAAUAUAGAUUAUUAAUUUCACUUUUUUCAUUAAUUAUUAAUUAAUUCAUAAUUAAUCAUUAAUUGAUUAUUAAUUAAUUAUUGAUUAAUUAUUAUGUUAAUUAAUUAUUUUAACCUGUAUAUAGUUAGGUACAAAAAGAGCGGUAUAAAGUUUAUCUAUCUAGAUGUACAGUAAAUAAAUACGUACUAGAUUUAAAGGAAUGUAUUUUUACUGCGCCUUGGUGAUAUUUUAGCUAAAUGUGCUAAUGUCGUAUAGAAUGUACAAAUUGUUUUUCAAAUAUAGUUAAAUGUUAUUGUAAAAUAAUGUUCUUGUCGAUAAUUUUUUACGUCCAAACUCUUUUUGAAACGUUUGCUUUGCGCACACGAUACUUAAAAUCUUUACAAUGUUAUGGUUAAACCUCGAAGUGCGGCUAUACCAACAGACCGGUUGCACCUAGGCUAAUCUACAUUUUAAACCUAGGUUUAGCUGAAGUACUUAUGAUAAAUGUUAAAUUUAUACGAAGCUAGGCUAGCUAUCUUCUAGCCGAAUAUAAGCACGAAACACCUAAGAGUAACCACGAAAUUGACCGAAAUGAAGACAGACUGCAACUAGCCGAAAUGAUAAAGCUAAACCUACGUCUGGCUGGCUAAACUUAGGUUGUGCCGCACUUCGGGUAAGUAUGCCCGCCAGGGUCCAUAAAUAUGUUCUUUUAUAUAAUUUAUAACAUCAUGUCAACUUUAUGGUAUGCAAUAAAUGAUUGAGUAUUGAGUAUUGAGUAUUGAGUAUUGAGUAUUGAGUAUUAACCGUAACAUUAUUAUAUGCAGAUAUUGGAGCUAUGAAGUUUACAUUCUUAUCUUGGAAGCUGGCAGUAGACUUAGUUUAAGUAAUUUUUUUGACGUCAAUAAGUGAUGUAUAUCAUCCUAAAUUGAAUAAAGAAUUUUUAAUUUGAAUUUGACAUUAACGUAACUUGACGUUCUUGGUUAACGAAAUAUUUCGAUGGCACCCGGAUCUAAUUAUGAAAAAAUCAAGCGCUACAGUGUUGGUCAGUCGAAACUACUAUAGUUUUUACUAUUCAUAGCGAUCUAUAAACAAAAAAAAAAAAUAUUUUUCCCUAUUUUGAUUAUUUUGUAAGAAGCGUUUGUUCAAUAGAUUUUUUGCUGACUUAUGGAUUGUUCAGGCGUGGUAAACCUUAAUUGUGGUGUCAACACAUUGAUCUCAUUGCUCCAUAUCAUCAAUAUUUAAAAAAAGUAUUGUGUAUGCCGAGUUAUAUAUGCUUAAAAAUAUAAGUCGCACAAUUUUGAUGAAUCUUUGGCUAAGUAGUAAAAAAUAUAUAGAAAUGAUUAGUUUAUUUUAAUACUAGUGAUUGUAAUAGUGCUUUAUUAAGUUUAGAUUUAUAUUGUACACUUAUUGGCAAAAUAUAAUUUUGAUUUCUAGUUGUAUGGUAAGUAAAUCAAAUCUAAAUAGAUUGAGAA